AUGGCAGAUCGCAAAAACGCAGAUGUACACAGUCUGGCCAUGACUACUACCGAACGCGCACAGAGCGAAAGUUCUGACGAUGACAACAUGCCCGUACAUGUUAUAACGAGAGAGGGCAUCGAUAGAAUGCUGGCCCGACCGCCUCCCACAGGUCCAAACGUCGUCAUGUCUCCACUGGGCGAUGAAUCGGUUCAGGGCUAUCCCGGAGGUGUCGAACCCGACUCGCAUGGCGCCCGCGAGAUUCGAGGCGUUGUUGAGAUUCUCGAAGGUGCGGGGAUACCCUGCUGCAUGGAUUCUGAGCCAGCAUUGAUCAACCAAGGUACCGGACGCCUCAUGAUGGUGACAGUGGCAUCGCAACAUGAUGAGUUAGAAGAUCCGCUUAGCUAA